AUGUUCAUAGUCAUUGUUACAUUGUAUAUAUGCGCUGACGCCUCUGGAGAGCAGAUCCGCGCAUACUCUCCUGAGGAGGUUGCCAACACGAUACCCUCACACGUCGCCGCAGCAUGCCUUCAACAGAGCUCAUUGCUGCAACUGCUGGAUAAGGGCGAACCAUGUACAGUGUUUGAUCCUUUUUUGCAUUCGACAAGUCUGUGCUUAGAAGCAGCAGCGAUGAUCUCAGGAACGCCUCCUGGGAGUCCGGCGAUGGAGUACCCUUUUACACAUGCAGACGUUGAAGUGGUGGCUAGAGCUAAGCGGGAAGUAGAGGAGUUCCGACGGUCAUUGCCACGUCGAGUGGUAGCAACAGAGGCUCCAACGAUGACUAGCAAAUAUGGUACUAUAUCGGAGUUCCUGACUGAUACGGUGGUAGCCUCGCGAGAAGGUAGAGCAGCAGCAGAUGAUGAUGAUGGGGUGGCAGUGCCGAGGUUGGCGAUACAGCGUCGUGGAUCGCUAGUGGAGGCUGCUGAUGAGCUCAAUAGUUUCCUCAUUAAUCAUAGGAGUUCAUAUGCGAAUCGAGAGGAUAUGUACGAGGAAGUGGACAGGAACUAA